AGCUGAGAAAGCAGCUUGGAGAUCGGAGAAGGAUUUCUUGGUGCUCUUGCUGGGGCAGGGCCGCGGGAGGCUGGGGGUCUGUCCUCAAGAGUGGCUUCCACCCAACUCGGCCUGGCAUCUAUGCUGAGCGACACAGCUGGUCUUCCCGACAAGGGAGAGGGCUGCAGCGGCAGCUGUGCUCUGGCUGGCUGCUCCUGGCACAGUUCCAGGUUCAGCCUGGACGCCGGGCAAGGGCCACUCGGUCAUGCAUAUCCAGGGUUUAAGCCUCUUGGUGCCCCUGCACACUGGCCCCUUUUGCAGGUGUUGGUGGAGUUCAUGGACUCCAUGCUCACAGGCGUCACUGUGGUGCAGGAGUCUAGGCACUCAGCCCCAGUAGAGUCUUACUGUUGAAAGGGGAGUGAAGUGAAACUGCUCCUAGUUAAGGGAGUUGGGCGGGCUGGGGCAGAUUUAAGGGCCUGCCCCAGCGGUAGGGGGCCCCCCUCUCACUCUCAGGCUCCCUCUGGGAUGAUUUCCCUCCCUUCCCCCUGGAAAGGGAGUUGUCUUGCUGUGGCUCUGUAAAGGCAGCAUACCCUUCCUCUCCUGCUGCCAUCUCCCCUCAGCCCCCUACUUACUGGUGGGAAGAGGCUACAGCCCUGGCCUGACACACCCUGUCAGCAUCUCCCCGAAUCUCAACCUGCACCGUUAAGGUUCUGCUUCCAGGGCCCAGCUUCUUCUGUGACACGCUCCAGGUGAGAGACAGGCUCUCUGUGUGGCAAUUCCAUAGUCCUGGUCACACAGGGAAGACACCCCUCUCUUUGAUUCCACCCCUAAACCCCUUUUCCCUCUGCAGAUACGCUCUGGACAGGUUGGGGAGUGCAGAGCAUCACACCAUCAUAACCUCUUUCUCCCUGCUGAAAAGACAAGCGUCAGCUUCUCUUUUUACUAUCGUGAAGCUUUAAACAACUUUAAAAUUCUUUAGCUCACAGUUAAGUACAAACAAUAAAUAUAUUCUUAAUAUGUAUGCAGCAGGCACAUUUGUUUAUGGUGAAUCCUGCUCUCUUGCCCCUUAUUUGUUUGGGUAUCUUUGUUCUCUUUUGGCCCUCUUCUAAUUCAGACAGCAUCUUUUUCAUAGUCUUUUUUUUUUUUUUAAUUUAUUUAUGACUGCGUUGGGUCUUCGUUGCUGCGCAUGGGCUUUCUCUCGUUGCGGCGAGCGGGGGCUACUCUUUGUUGCGGUGCACGGGCUCUAGGCGCGCGGGCUUCAGUAGUUGCGGCACACGGGCUCAGUAGUUGUGGCUCGCGGGCUCUAGCGCGCAGGCUUCAGUAGUUGUGGUGCACUGGCUUAGUCGCUGCGCGGCAUGUGGGAUCUUCCUGGACCAGGGCUCGAACCCGUGUCUCCUGCAUUGGCAGGUGGAUUCUUGACCACUGCGCCACCAGGGAAGCCCCUUUUUCAUAGUCUUUACUCUGAAUUGUUUUAUACUAAGACAGAAAAUAUUUUAUGUACAGGGGAGCUAGAUUGGUAUCAUAUUUCUAAGCUUUAAUUUUUCAUUGCUGUAUGCAAAAUUCUAUACCAGCAGCAUUUUUAACGUUUUUAUUGACAUGUAACUUACAUACAGUGAAGCUUACAAAUCUUUUUUUUUUAAAUAAAUAAAUGUAUUUAUUUAUUUUUGGCUGCAUUGGGUCUUUGUUGCUGCGCGCAGGCUUUCUCUAGUUGUGGUGAGCAGGGGCUGCUCUUCCUUGCGGUGUGUGGGCUUCUCACUGCAGUGGCUUCUCUUGUUGUGUGGCACGGGCUCUAGGCGCGCACGGGCUUCAGUAGUUGUGGCUCGCAGGCUCUAGAGUGCAGCCUCUGUAGUUGUGGCUCACGGGCUUAGUUGUCCUGCGGCAUGUGGGAUCUUCCCGGACCAGGGCUCGAACCCGUGUCCCCUGCAUUGGCAGGCGGAUUCUUAACCACUGUGCCACCAGGGAAGUCCCGAAGCUUACACAUCUUAAGUGCAUUUUUACAUUUGUAGACGUCCAUGUAUCUACUUCCCAAAUCAAGAUAUAGAACUUUUCCAUCCAGCAGCGUGUUUUUUAAAUUUGAUACAAACUCCUUUUCCCAUGGUUAAAAGCCAUAUUUUAUUAAAGCAUAGACAGAAGGUGGUGGCCCCAUUAUUCUUAGUGGAUGUGAUGAUGUUAUUAAUAUUCUUGGGUUUUCUAUCUCUGAUGGUGGAGCCUUUCUGGAGUUAUGAGUCCUGGGCUCGGGCUCUGCCACCACCUGGCUGUGACCCUGGGCAGGUCACCUUGCCUCACCUCCAUCUCCUUCUCUGUAGUUAUGAAGAGGAGUUUUGAGCUUUGACAACCAGUGAGUCAAAGCUAACUUAGUUAGGCUCUUAGUAUAACAACCCUGCCGUUCGUUAGAACCUCACCUUCAGGAGGGCACUGUACCAUGCACACCAUGUGUUGUUUCAUUUAACAACUCUGUGUGACUGGUAUUAAGUAAUGCCAUUUUAUAGAUAAGGGACUGAAGCUGACAGCGGUCACUCAUCUGCCUUGGCCAAGGUCACUUAACUAAUAAACGGUGGAGCCAGGCUUUAACCAAACCCAGUUCAGCCUCCCACGUCCUGACUGCUAGUUGUGCUGGGAAGGAGCGUGGGGACCUCAUGGGGCUCUUGGCUUGUGUUGCUUCCGAUUCUUCUUUCCUCUGUCUCUGCAACCAGCUCGAGGCCUGCGUAGUCCUGCUGUGAGUCUUCCCUGUGGUCCUGCGUGCCAGUAGUGGUGGUUUUCCCGUUGAGGAUGAGCUGUGUUCUUGAGUCAACGGGUAAAUCAUCUCCCCUGCUGUUCUGAGCGUUUUAAUGUCUUCUACCUUAGCUUUUGAACCUAAUUACCUCUCCCGUGUCCCCUGAUUUUUUCAUUUAUUCUCUUUAAGCUAACAGGUUGCUUCUGAUGUCCUCUUGCCCAGCUCUCAGGGUGUUAAAUAUUCAGGAAUGCUUUUAUCCAGAGUAAAGUGUAGCUGGAGAGCCACCGGCCAGAACCGCCUCCAGGGGCCCUGGGCGGGCUUGCUGGGUUCUCCGCACCACGCCCUCCCCACUCCUCUCCCUGUCCUGGUCCCAGGGGGCCCCAGGCUAACCUUGAGUGAGCCAGUCUAGAGCAGACCAGCCUCUGGCCAAAACAAAAUCUGGUUGGUUUCCUUAAUCUGCUCACUAUCCGAGCUGUGCCGGGACUCUCAGCUAGAGGAAGUCUCCGAAGCAAACAGGAAGCACGAGAGAGACACCCACCAGCUGGAAUUGCUCACUCUUUACCAGAAGGACAAAGAGUAUGAAGUGGGUGACUUCAUGGAUUAGAGAAGAGAAAGUUGGAGGCCCCUCCCCACUAAGUGCCUCUUUGCACAGCACUGGCCCCCGCCCCCACGCUCACCGGCACCACUGCAGCGGGACGGGCCAUGGCGGGUCGGGGAGGUGCAGCACGACCCAACGGACCAGCUGCUGGGAACAAGAUCUGUCAGUUUAAGCUGGUCCUGCUGGGGGAGUCCGCAGUGGGCAAAUCCAGCCUCGUCCUCCGCUUUGUCAAGGGUCAAUUCCACGAGUACCAGGAGAGCACAAUUGGAGCGGCCUUCCUCACACAGACCGUCUGCUUGGACGACACAACAGUCAAGUUUGAGAUCUGGGACACAGCUGGACAGGAGCGGUAUCACAGCCUGGCCCCCAUGUACUAUCGGGGGGCCCAGGCUGCCAUCGUGGUCUACGACAUCACCAACACAGAUACGUUUGCACGGGCCAAGAACUGGGUGAAGGAGUUGCAGAGGCAGGCCAGCCCCAACAUCGUCAUCGCGCUCGCGGGCAACAAGGCCGACCUGGCCAGCAAGAGAGCCGUGGAGUUCCAGGAAGCACAAGCCUAUGCAGAGGACAACAGUUUGCUGUUUAUGGAGACAUCAGCAAAGACUGCGAUGAACGUGAAUGAAAUUUUCAUGGCAAUAGCUAAGAAGCUUCCCAAGAACGAGCCCCAGAAUACAGCUUGUGCUCCGGGCCGGAACCGAGGAGUGGACCUCCAGGAGAACAACCCUGCCAGCCGGAGCCAGUGCUGCAGCAACUGAGCCCCCCUUACCUGCCCACUGCCCCCACCUCCUCCGCCUCAACGACCCGACUGGAAUCCACUCUAACCAAUCGCACUUACCGACUCGGGCCACCACUGGGGGGCAGGGGGAGGGGCCCACCAUGGUUUCUCCAUAUCAUUUUGAUCAUAGGCCGGAGUGAGUUAUUCCACCUGCACCUUUCUGUACAAAUACUAAUUCAAUUUUAAGUCUUAAGUCACUUUUUUAAUAUAUAUGAUCUGCUCUUCCCACUUCUGCCCUUUCUACUGCUCUCCCACUCUUCCUUUGCCGGUAGUAGCCACGUGCCCCUGUUCCCCCCACCCUGGUGUAUGGGGAGGCGGGGGUUGGAGCAGUUCCCCUUCUUUCCCUCUUGCUGAUUAGCGGGCUCAGCAAGAGCAUCCGUAUCCUUAACUGUGUUUGGAGUGCGCUUCGUUCUGGGUGACGGGGCAGGCCCCAGGGGCCAGGGAAGGGGGAGGCAGCUCUUCCCUCAGCUGGCUGUCAUCAGGCUGCAGCGUCCCCUCCCCACCGCCUGACUCACAGCUGGGAGAGAACCCACAGCAUUACCACAGCAUUAUUGUGACAGCCACGAACCCAUUGCCCACAGCCCCCUUCCCCUUCGUCCUUGGUCACCCUGACCUCUGGCUCUGAGCCCUGUUCUGACCAAAUCACAAUGAUGAGUAUUUGGGGGUGGGUGGGUAAGGGGGGGUAGUGGGAGGGGAUGGAACCAACUUUUUCUGUAUUUUGUAUUGUAUGUUUUCUUCAACAUGUAACCAAUCAGUAUCUUGUCAAUAUAGUCAGCCGAUCGAUCGAC